AUGGACCGCUACAGAGGACGGCGAUUUUCUCCAUCCCGACCACACCGUGAUCGAGACGAUCAUCCCAACGUUGAGUACUUUGGCGAGGGCGAAAGCUACAGACCGGGUGGUGCCUCGGGCGACGGCCCAUAUCGACCACCGAUGCGAGACCGAUCUGGCGCAGACUCAUGGUCUGGCGACCGCAGAGAUGUCCGACGAGAUGACCGCAGAGAUCGAGAAGAUAUGGAUUCAUACACCCCAAACACGAAUUACCGGGGCCCUCGACCCAGAAGCCGAUCUCCUGGUUUCCGUCGACGGUCACGAACGCCGCCACCGCCAGUAAAUCGGGGCAGAGAAGAUCUGUUCGCCAACAGAAGAUCACCGGUGCGGCGGUACUCUCCACGAAGACCCUCCCCUCACAAUCCUCCUUCUGGCCCUAGAAGACGGUCGAGGUCCGCAUUUGGAGCGAGACGGCGCAGUCCUGGUCCGUCAGAAUCAAAACGGUACGGUGACUUCUCACCCGACCCUUCAAGACGCUCGCCGAAGCGAGAACGACGUUUCUCUCCCGAUCGCGAACGGCCGAGGUCGCCAUUAAGAAGGGACUUUGCACCCCAGAGAGAUCGAGAGUAUGGAAGAGGAGGACCUGGAGGUGAAAGCUACCGGCCAAGGUCAAGAACACCUCCACGACGAGGCAGACCCGGUGAUGACUGGAGACGGUCUCCGCUCUCGCCUCCUCGGGGCUUGAAUUCGGGUGCGGCGUCCAACACUACUUCGCGGAGGUCGUCGCCGCCAAUUCAUCCCGAUAGAAUGAGCCUGACGGGUUCAUUACCCAGCAGGUCGCCGGCAUAUCCUGCCCGUGGUGGACGGGGCGACUACGACAGAGCAGACUCGGCAAGUUAUCGAGGCAGAUCACCGCCACCUCCAACAGCGCCUUCAGGACCUGCAGAUAGUUACGAGCGUUCACGGGCAAGAGACGUGAGUGGUCCGCGGGAUGAUGUUCGCAUGAAUGGUGAUACUACGUCUCAACCAAUACAGCCACCUUCUGGGCCGAGUAGCUAUCGCAACAUGAAUGGCGGCAGUAAUACCACCUACGACCGUCCACCUCCCUCAGGCCCUUCACGCGGAGGAGGCUUUGGUCAUGCAUCACCACCUACAGGUCCGGCAUCGUCGACCAUGUCAAUGUCAGCUCACAAUCGUGGUGGUGGCGGUGCAGGCACACUUAAUGCGCCCACGCGACCACGUGGCGCCCCCGCUGGCCCCGGAUCCGGGCGUUACGAUGGACCUCCAUCGCGCGAUUUUACCAGCCCACCUAUGCGCGGGGGGAGAGGUGGUGGUCUAGCAUAUCGCGGACCGGCUCCAUACGGGCCAAGAGGGGGAGGGUAUGGCGGUGGUCGCAGCGACUUCAGCAGCGGCGGCGGUGGCAGAGGAGGAGGACAAGCAGAGUACGGGCGCGGAGGCGGGUUUGGACGCGGCGGCGGCACGACAGGCGGUCCGGUUGGUGGUGGUGACAUGUCAUCAACGUCGUCAUCCCCACCGCCACCAGGAGGUCCCUCUUCACAGUCCUAUCCUUUCCGCGGUGGCGGCCACGGCUCUUCCAGCACGACAUAUCCUCGAACGCAGCGGUUCAACAGUCGUGACUAUAGUCACGCGAGUACCGGCGUCAGUAACAACAACACCAAUGGCAUCAACAGCAACAAUACGGGUGCUGGUGUCGGUCCUGGGGCGACGACGGCAACAAAUCCGAUCCAGCACCACCUCACUACGACGGAAAAGAUCGUCCCCGGAGGCAGACUGCUCCCUUCGGGACUUCCGCCGGACCAGGAAAAACGGAUCAAAAUGCUCGAAGCCGAGGCGGAACGCAUGCGCGUCGAGAUUGCCGAGAAACAGCGCAUCAAGCGCGAGGUGUUGGUCGAGUGGGAGGCGAGGGAGCGCGAAAGCGAGAGGGAAACUCUGCGCAGUGAGCUGGCUGAAGCGCAUUUGCAGCAGUUGAUGGAGGCGGAUGAUGGCCUUGGAAGAGCUGCCUUUUAG